AUGGUCAGUCAUGAAUUAAUUCAUACUUCUCUAAAACCUCAUACUUGUUCAGUAUGCAGUUUGAAAUUUAGAAGAAUUCACGAUUUGAAAAGACAUGAAAAAUUACAUACGGGAGCUAAGCCUUAUCAUUGUGAAUAUUGUAAUCGAAGUUUUGCUAGACCAGAUGCUUUGACCAGACAUCAAAAUUCAAUUAAUGCU